CAGAUGGGUGACAUGACGGAUACUACGUCCAUAUUUUAUACUGUCUAUGGUUAUUACCUGCCUUAUUUACGAAUCACCUGAAACGAAAUUCCGCCAACAUUAUGCCUUUGUACUUCCACAUUGUGCCCUGAACCAUCAUACCAUUGGUGUUCUGGUGUGUGAUUAGGCGUCUUGUUUCAAAGUUGCGGAAGCACAAGUGGUACGGCUUGUAACACAGCAGAGGCACCACAAACACACAGCGCUGUUACGCCCUACGCUAGACAUCGCCACCGUCUUGUCCCCAUUCCACCUGUUCUUACCUCUGAGUGGGGAUCAGAGGAAAAUUCACUUCGCCCCACCAUUACUACUGCAUGAGUUACACAUUGCAGACAAGGAGUAACAGGGGUGUAAAUGUCCUGCCUUCAAAUGGCAGUAUGUAAGAGCCAUAAGUCUGAAUUGCAAGGGAAAACCUGAUCACACACAUCUUGUCAAAUUAAUCUGCGUAAAAUAAGUUUCAGUUAGAAUCAAAUUUGUAAACAUCGCGGCAAAUACAUUAGCUCACAUGAAACAGUGGAAUCUGUACAUCAGGGUCUAGGAAGUUUUCUUUCAUUAUUUGAACAAACUUAAUACCUACAAGUUAGUCACAAGAAAUUGGUUACUUGGUUUCAUACCACUGAAUUAGGCCAGAGUGAAGCCUCUAUGUAACUUACUAUCUAUUUUUGGACUGAGACUCACCAGAAACAGAUGAAUGGGUGCGAUAUACCAAGAAUUGCUACCCUCUACAUUGCAAACGAUAAAUAAAGUCUUAACUGGAUGUCAUUUAACGCAUAUGUCAUUGUCACACGAGAAUAGACAAUACUGAUGGGUUCAGAGAUUGUUGAAUCUCUAACCUCCCCUUUCUCAGGUUGUCUGAUAAAUUAGCCUCUUUCUUCAAGGGAGUAAAUUAUGGCGAGAAUUUCUUGUGAACACUGUGGUUGUUUGUGGGGACUAUAAGAGAAAGGUUUCUAUUCUAUCUGCUUAAUAGAACUAAACGUUAACUGACUCUACUCCUCCUCAGGUUGGGAUGAAGAAGCGGAUUAAGCUGGUAGUAGAUCGGGAGACUGAAACCAGCUCUACAGGAGAGGAGAGCACCACAGAAACUCAGCGAAACAGACUCCCUAACAGCCACAGUAACAUCAACGGGAACAUCUACCUCUCACAGAACGGCACUAUCGUCCGAACUAGACGACCACCGCAACUCAACAACAUGAAGGCGGGCUCUCCGUGCCGGCUCGGUAAGCAUUUUAGAAAACUAGACAAGUUGGGAGUGACUCACGAAGAACCUCCUCCAGGUAUUAGCACUGAGGACACAGGAAACAACACAGAAAACGGGACGGGUACGUGUGUUCCCUCUAACCUCGACGUCAAUUUAAACACUCAGUCCUCCUGUGGCACGCUGGGAUCCACCAACACAAUCCUUCGAAGUUUUGGGUCCAGGAACAAUAUUGCCAAGAGCUUGAUUGACAGGAACAGCAUUGGCCCUUGUGUCAAUGAGGAGCAAGAGACUCCUGUUGAUAACCACAAGGCCAGCAGGGAGACACUGGAGUCCCACAGCGACCACACGUUAUCAGAUGAGGAGGAGUUGUGGAUGGGACCCUGGAACAGCCUGCACAUACCAAUGACAAAACUCUGACUGGCUAUGCAGGAGGUUUCUUUUCUUUUUGUUAUGUUCAUGUCUUUAUCAUGUCACUUUUGUUUAGAGAAUUAUCAUUUAACAAAUGAUUGUGUGCCUCAGCUGGAUAAGCUCAGAUCACUGUUUUUGACAGAUGAUUGCACUUAUAGUCAGAUUUUAUUUAACCAUAUUAUGCUGAAUCUUACUUUUACCAAGUGUUUAUCACCGACAGGGCUAUUACAGGCGGGAACAUAGAGCUGCAAGGCAAUGAGUGCCUCAAAGAAAUGUCAAAUUUUUCAUGAACUGUGCUUGACUGUCAUUUUUUAACUCUUAAUUUAACACAGAAGACGGGCCUAUUUUAUCGAGUGAUUUACUUUUUUUUCUCAGUCUUGUUUUUUUCCAUUGACUCCACUAUGAUGCUAAAGUUAUUUACAGAGAAGUCAUGGUGAACAUAUGAAGAAAUUGUGAUUAUAUAGUAUACGAUGAAGUAAAAGAAAAUUAUUUUGCUAAUAGCUUAAAAAUGAUUACAAUUGUCAUUGAUUAUUUUAUGUUGUGAUCACUUGACAAUGUUUUUGGAAAAUUUCUGAAAAAUCUAUGAAAUUAUUUUUGUCUAUUUUGUAUCUAACAGAGAUGGAGAAUCUAACAUAUGACAUUAAAGUUAUAACACCCACUAGAACGUCAUCGCUGUGUUCCAGCAGUGAUUUAUGACAGUACGAUCAGGUUUUUAUAUGGAUAUUUGUAACUAUAGAGAGCCGUAUUUUCAACCCCUUUAUGUUAUGUAAAUUUAAUCUACGAGUGAUCAUUUAUUCACUAACACAUCAGGAGCCCAGACAGUGUGGAAAGGACUACUAAGACGUGUACCAGAUCCAACAAUAAAGCUUAUUUGAAUGUGUUUUCUGAGGCAUAA